ACCGAACGCCUUUUCAAGGUUCGGUCGACUUUUCUGAAGCUUAGAGCAAUUAAAAUCCUUAUAAAAAGUCAAUUCCACGGAGAAAUUAUUUCAAAUUAUCAACGCUAAACGACCAGACCCAGUCUACCCCUCUCUGUCCAAGUUGCAGCUCUCUGAUCAGUCCAGUUGCUCGACUGAGUUUCCUUUUUCUUUCUCUGGGGUGAUUGCUUGAUUCGUUCGACGAGGUGAUUUGACUGAAGCUGAUUUUUUGCAUUCCUUGCAUACAUAAUAAAGAUCAUCCCUCGAUCCUUCCAUGGAUUCUGACUUCUGGACCUCGCGCCUUGCCGCCGCCAAACGCCAUUAUGGGAUUCAGCAUCAGAGUCAGAAUUCGCCCUUGGAUCGGUUGGGAAUCGACGAUUUCGAUGUGGAGGACGAUGUCCGGCUCUAUUUUUCAUGCCCGUACUGUUACGAAGACUUCGACAUAUCCUCGCUUUGUUCGCAUCUCGAAGAUGAGCACUCAUGCGAAACAAGGGUCACGAUUUGCCCUAUAUGCUCAGUUAAAGUUGCUCGAGACAUGCUAAGUCACAUAACUCGGCAGCAUGGACACUUGUUUAAGUUGCAGAGAAGACAUAGGUUAAGAAAAGUUGGUAUGCCAAACAGUAAGGCAUUGUCCCUUCUGGGGAGGGAUCUGCGUGAAGCUCAUCUACAAGUGCUCCUUGGUGGUGGUAAUGCUGGUUCCCGGUCCAACAGUUCUAGUGUAUCUGAUGCAACUACUGAUCCAUUCUUGUCCUCACUUAUUUUGAAUUUCCCUGCUUCUGAAGUGGACGAUAUUUCAAAAUCUGGGGUACCAAGUGCUGAAGAUUCUUCUGCAAAGAAUAUGGCACCUCCACAUAUUUGGAAAUCAAGUUUUGAUCCCUCCUUGAGUACUGAAGAACGGGAGAAAAGGAUGAGACAAGCUGCUGGGAGAUCUGGUUUUGUGCAGGAUUUGUUUCUUUCAACUUUGUUGGAAUAGUUCAAGCUAUUAGUUUCAUACUGAAAGGAUAAUCAAAUGUAAGAUCCCAUUUGAGGAGUAUCUUGUCGAAGGAAACCUCCAUUGGGAUACAGUGGUUCAAGGACAAGCCUUGUUGUCCUGUAUCGAGGCAUUAUGCUAAUGCUGGAUGUCCCUAAGAUAUAAACACCAUCUCCAACAACAGUACAGAUAUGUAUUACGUUAUGAUAAAAACACUUGUUUUCUACCUUAUCAAUGAUAAGUUCUGAAUUAGAUGUUGAUUUUAUGAAUGGGGUUUUGCUCAUCAUUGUUCUUCAUGGAGUUGUUUAAAUCCCUGUCUUUACUGAAGUUGUAUCUUGAAGACAUGAUCGAAAGUGCAAAUUACAACUCACUAGCUUCCUAAUGGUUUAGGGAGGGUUUGAUA